CACCACCACCACCCCCCUCUUUCUCGCUAGACCUCAACGAUACCACCACCGCUAGCGCUAGUGCUCUACUGCUCUGCUCUUUAGGGAGAGAGAGACGGGAGUGAGAGAGCAGAGAUGGCAGCUGAGAGCUAGACUGAGCACGCACGUAACGUAACAAGCUCUUCUCCCAUCUCCGUCUCUGGCAAGAGAGAGAGAGAGCGCAGAAGAUGAUGUGGUCGCACGAGCCGGCAGCGGAGCAGAAGGCGGCGGCCUCGGCGCCGCCUACCCGGCAGCGGAGCUCCGUGGCCAAGCUGACGACGGCCUCCUCGUCCUUGGCCAACCUCCUCUCCGCCUUCGUCAACACGAACAACUCCCCAGACCCGAGGCCACCGCCGCCGAGGCGGAGCUUCGACGAGCGCGGCGCCGUCGGGCUCGGCAUCGUCGCGGCCAUGGGCCACGGGGCCGAGCCGAUCGCCAUCGGCGCCGCGGCCAGGCGGCGCGCGCGCGAGGACGACGAGAGCUACACGUGCGUCAUCAAGCACGUGGCCGGCGCCGGCGGCGCCAGCGUCCGCAAGCGGGUGUACUUUGGGUUCGGCGACGGCGGCGGUGGAUGGCUCGUGGAGGCCGACGACGCGGCGCCGGCGCCGGCGCCCGACUUCCUCAGCCGGUGCUGCCUCUGCGACAAGAGGCUUGAUGGGCUCGAUAUCUACAUGUACAGAGGGGAGAAAGCCUUCUGCAGCUCAGAGUGCCGAUGCCAGCAGAUGCUACUGGACGACCGUGCUGCCAAAUGUGGAUCAUCCGAAGCCCUCAUCAGGUCCGGCGACUACUCCGUGUCGCCGCACUCCGCCCCGAUGGCCUUCUCCCCGAGCGUCGCAGCAGCCUAGUAGUCUACUCGCCCUCGAUCGAGCUGCUCCGAUCCGCUAUGACUCUGUGAGCAAUAAUGCAAAGGAGUCUAGCUAGAAGAGGCUAUAAUAUAAACGGGUCUCGUUUAAUAAACAAACGGAUCAUAUAUAUGUAUACCGAGUAACGUAUAAGAUGCUUCUUAAUUUUAACUAUGACAUGAAUAAGAGCGAGGAAGACAGUUUUGUGUGACUAUGCAGUAACAGCAAGAUGUUAAACACUUUAAUCGUGCUUGAAUUUUAUUUAUUUUUA